AUGUUGAAGGCAUGGCUACAGAAUCCCAACCUGUCAGAGAUGUUCGUGGAGGAGAAAUACCAUUCAUGGGUUUCCAGCUUGCAUACCGACCGGCAUGUCACAGUCACACUUUUCCAAUUGGAAAAGAUGUACGGUACAACGAAGGAGGCUCAGGCUUUCAUUGCCGAACUUUGCCGUGGACAAUCUGGUACGCCGCACCCGCAGGCACCACAGGUGGCAAAAGCCCGGAUGUUCAAGGUUCUGAAGGAAGUGGUGGAUGAGACCAGUAAGGGUGAAAGUUCCUCGAGUGGAGUAUCUAUUUCAGGUCGGGUCAGUGAAUCCAAAGCAAAGGAGCUUCUGAAGAAGCAACUUGGGGGUCUUGGUGAUGGUAUUGGUAACUUCCUGGACAUGAAGACUGGAGCCAUUAAGUCCAAAAAACCAAAAAAAAAGAAAAAACCGCAGAGGAAGAGGCAAUUGCUGAAGUCAAGAAACUGGAAAAGAAGAAACUCGGUACCAUUUAAACCAUGA